UGCACAUGCAGCGACUUUCUUGCCACCAUUCUUGGCGCCUUCUUUCGCUUGGUAGGUAGAUAGCUCGAUCUGCGCAGAGCAGCGCGUCAGCAAUGUCGUUGCUACCUCGCCUCCUGCUCGCGCGCCACCUCAGCAGGCGCGCGAUCCAGACGCAGCUGCAGGCAUGCAUUGAAGGGACGACCUCUGUGUCAAGCGAGUCCUUCGCAAUUGCCAUCGCAGAGGGGCCAGCUCUAGCCAAUAAGCCAUUCACCACAUCUUCCUUCCCCAACCUGAAAAACAACUCCAACAAGCACACUGCCAGACCUCCCUCUGCCAAGCCGCACGUGCACAGCGCAACCGCCAAUGCGAGCGCGGCAAGUGGCGGCCUCGCGGCUGGCCAGAAGGUGGUCGUCGGAACCGCCGGCAGCAGCGCAACCCCCGCCCCCUCCCCAACAGUAGAGACCCCCGCCGCUGACAUCAGCAAAGUAAAUGUUCCAGUUCAUGACACGGGGGCUGCUCAGGCGGCGCCUAUUUUUGGCGCGCAGGGAAGCCCAACCACUAAGGGGUUGAAUUCGCCCCCCGGGACAGGGGGGGUGGGGGCGGUCUCAGGAGCUGGGGGGCCAAGCGCGGCUCCUUCUGGCGGGGGGGAGGGAGCAGGGACAAUCUUGUUGCUGUUGGCGGCAUUAGGUGCCGGUGGUGGUGCAUAUUACUACUGGGACGAUCUGAAGGGCUAUUUGCCAUUAGGACCAGAGACAACUCCGAAGGGGGUUGCUACAGCGGUGUCGCCGAAGCAGGGGGGAGAGCAGAAUGGAAAGGGAAGUCAACAAGGGGCGGCGGACAGGGGAGAGGCGGAUGAGGGAACGAGGUUGCCUCAGAAGAGCAGUACUUCGGGAAUCCUUGGUGGGAAGAACGGGACUGGAGAUCUGGCAGCUAAGCUGAGCGGUGCGGCGAAGGUAGCAAAUGCGCAGAAAGAUGCGGAAGUUGCUGGGGAAUCAGAAGGAAAGGAGGCAAAAGCAGAGGGUUCCGAGCAGGAGAAGAAGCAAGCAGGGAACCAAAAGCCGGCAGAGGGCAAGGCCCCAUUAGUAGGGGCAGCAUUCGUAGGCAAGCCGGUUGCGGCGUCCCAAGCGGCAUCUGUAGGCGCGUCCGAAGGCAAGCUCGACACUGCGGGAGAGGCGGCGUCCGAGGCCGCGUCUGAAAGCGCCGAAGCUCCAGUGUCCGAAGCGUCUGAAACUCUGCGUGAGGUUGAGAGCGGGCCCGCACGUGCAGGCGGUGCACAGGGGCCCCAGGCGCCCGUGCAGGCGUUGCUGGACGGCACCGCUAUUGUCCGCAAGGGGGAGGAGCAGCAAAAUGAUGUCAACGGGAAGGAAGAAUUGCAUAAAAAGAAGUCUGCUGAGGUCAGCAAUGAGGGGGGAGAUGAGGGUGAUGACGAGGACAGUGAUGUCAGCGAUGAGAGUGAGCGGGACGCGGAGCUGCACAAGGUGUUGCAGGAGGCGGCGAGGCGGGAAGGGGGCGAGGAGGAGACGGAGGCCUCCAAGAAGGCGAAGCAGCACGUGCACAACCUCCGGCGUGCGGUUGAAGAGGUCGAGAAACGGACCUCCGGCCAGAGCGAGUCCCUAGCCCCCGAGAGCCUCAUUCUUGAGAACAUCCGCAAGACCCACGAACGCGCCGAGACAGCCAAGCGCGAAGCGGAGAAAGUGGCGCAUGAAGCCCUCAGGAAGCGACAAGAAGAGGAGGACGAAGAGGAGUCCGGCCCUUUCAGGAGGCCGAGCCAACAGGAACUUCUGGCGGCGAAGAGUCCGAAACUUGAGGGAUUCGAGGAACUAGCGGCGGGUGUUCAGACGUUGGCGGCGGAGGCAGAUCGGCUGAAGCGCGGGGAGUUCGGGUACUUGGGGGCCAAAGGAGAUGUAGCAAUCGGAGCGCUGAUUGCAGAGGCGGUACAGGAGGCGGUGCGUGGGCAGGCGGAGGCCGACUCGGAGGCGUUCCAGCGCGAGAUCGCGGAGCUGCACGAGGAGCACCGGGUGGAGCUGGCGGACGCGCGGGCGGAGGCGCUCCGGCACGCGCAGAUCGUGCACAAGCUUGAGAGGGACCUGACCCGCAAGAAGGCCGCAUACCGUGCGGCGCUGCACGACCAGUGGCGGCGCGGGGAGGAGAAGCGCAUUGCGGCGCUGCAGGCGGCGCUGCGCGAGACAGAGGCUCUGAUCGAGAAAGUGCGGACCACUGCGGCCGCGAAAGCCGCGCUGACGGUUGCGGACGAGAGGAAGGAACGGGCAGAGCAGCUGGAUGAACUACGGAUGCAGGUGAACGCCCUCCAGGACGCUUUCAGCAGCCGAUCUCGGGAAGCGCAGAAGAGCCACACCGCCCACAAGCUUGCCUUGGGCGCGUUCGCAUUGGAAGACGCUCUAGAGAGCGGGCAGCCGCUGAAGGAGGAGGUCCGUCUGCUGGCAGCGGCGGUGGACGAGGGGGAUCCCCUCGUCAUGGCCGCGCUCACGUCGGUUCCGGCCGUCGUUGCGGAGACAGGGGCGCCCACGAGAGCGGAGCUGCAAGAGCGGUUCGAAGCGCUGCAAGGCCGCGCGAAGCAGUUGGUCCUCCUCCCCCCGGGCGGCGGGGGCAUGCUGGCGCACGCGCUCGCAUGGGCCGCAUCCACACUCAAGGUCAAGGAACCGGCACCUCAGAACGGUAGCCAACCAAACGCUGCCACAUCAGACGCAGCCCUGGCGCGGGCGGAGGCGCUGCUCGCGCAUGGGGAGCUUACGGAGGUGGCGAAAGUUUUGGAGAGCGCAUUUAAGGGGACCGGGGCGGAGACUUUAGUGAAGAAGUGGGCGGAGGAAGCACGGAGUCGGGCGGUGGCGGAACAGGCGGUGAAAGUUGUUCAAGCGCAGGCGACGGCGUUGGCAGCUAGUUUGAGCUAGCGGAGAGCUGAGGCUUAGGGUGGUACAUCCAGAAUAAGGGAUCAAUUGGAGGUUGGUUGCCAUUGUCUCGAAGUUGUUCCAAGCGAGGAUUUCGGGUGUCGCUAACGCAAGCCGAAGUCAUGUGGCUUUGCCAGUUAUGCAGCUCGCAUGAGCAACGUGCUGAGCAACAAACAUCGACAGGGAGUGGGCCGGUCAGCAGCUAUAUGGUAUCUCGCCUCGUUUUCCAUUCUUUUUUGCCAAUGGAGAAAAGAGACUUACUGAGAGGGUCUCCGUAGAAUCUGUUUUUCGACUCCGGUGUAUUACGACAACAUUCAAAGAGCUGCAAAUCAUUCUUCAUCCAAA